AGCAAUUUCUGAUUAGAAAACUCUUUAGUCUAUUCAACGGGAUUCCAAGAUUUUUAUGCGGCAUUCAUAGGCCUGUAUCUUUCAUUACCAAAGGUAAAAAAGAAUGACAAUAAUUGAGAUGGUACAUUAGGUCCAUUAUCAUGAGACGAAUAAUUCAUCCUGUCACGGACACCCACAAUCAAAUUAGAAGGCCACAUCAAAUUAAUCAUCUUUCUUUCUCUUCAUCAAAAACCAAAAAUCCCCAGCAAAAACAAAAAUUCUCUACUGCAAUCGCCAUGGAUUUACUAUAUCAUUCUUCAGAAUUCCUUCUUCCUUCGUUUUCCGAAGGUAUGAAAACCGAUUAUGCCCUCGUGAUUCUUAAUCAGCCACUUCCAAAAUUCACACCAGUGUUAUGGGAUCAUGCCAAGAUAGUUUUAUGUGCUGAUGGUGGAGCGAACAGACUGUUCGAUGAAAUGCCUCAGUUAUUUCCACAGCAAGAUUCUGCUUUUGUUAGAAGCAAGUAUAAACCGGAUGUGGUUAAAGGAGACAUGGAUUCCAUUAGAACUGAAGUUAAAGAAUUCUAUGCAAAUUUGGGAGCUCGAAUAGUUGAUGAAUCAGAAGAUCAGGAUACUACAGAUCUUCACAAAUGCGUGUCAUUUGUUCUUCAGGAUGCUAUUGUGGGCAAAUCUGAUGAUCUGUGCAUUCUUGUUGCUGGAGCUCUUGGUGGAAGAUUUGAUCAUGAAAUGGGAAAUAUCAAUGUUCUCUGUAUGUUCUCCAACAUUCGGAUAGUAUUGUUGUCUGAUGAUUGCCUGAUUCAGCUGCUUCCGAUGACUCAUCGGCAUGAGAUCUGUAUUCUGUCAUCUGUUGAAGGUCCACAUUGUGGGCUCUUCCCAAUUGGUACUGCUUCUGCAAUUGCUACAACAACUGGGUUGAAAUGGGAUCUGAAUGAUACUGAGAUGAAAUUUGGUGGGUUGAUAAGUACUUCCAAUAUCGUGAGCGAAGAGAAGAUCACCGUGCAAUCGGAUUCACAUCUUCUGUGGACUAUUGAAAUUCGAAAACCAGCAACUUGAAGGUUAUUGAUUUGCAGGCAUAUAUAAGAUUGUACUAGGAAGUUAUGCGCAGUUGUAUUCCAAUUGGUCAGAAGCAGUUUAUGUCAGUAGUUAGGAAGUGUGGCUAUUGAGUAUGUAAUGAAUGUAUUGGAUUGAGAGUUUAUGAAUGAUAAGUUAGCAGACUAUCCUCUUCUGUGUUUUUCUUCUAA